AAUUGCAUUGACGGCACGUAACUGGGUUAAGGUCAUUAGAUAUGUGGAGUUUGCUGUUAAUCGAUAGCUAACUAAUGACACCGGAAAUCCAAUAUAAACACGACAAAAAUACAUCUGGAUUUAUAUUGUGUUUAAUGGUUAUUGCAACCAAAUGUGAAGUUCGUACUUUCGGUUUAAAUAUAGAUGUAAUCAGUUCAUAUUCAAGUUAGUCAAAAUUCAAUUAAAAAAUAUAUUAAAUUUAAAGGACGGCGAUCCAUUUAAAAUGUCGGCGAUAAGAAUACUAGUGGUUUGCGCUUUUGUUAUUUUGUUUUCUGUAAUUGUUAACGACACCAUACAACCGCUGCUCCGCUUGACCACUAUACAGUUGGAAAAAAAUGUUGCACGAAUAAACUCCAGUAUACGGAACACGGAUAUUCUCUCGCCGUUCUUAUAUGUUGCUAUAGCUCUUGUAAGUUUUAUAGCGUAUCAUUUCUACAUCUUGUUGUUCCGUCCAUUGAACAGAGUAAGAAUUCUAGGCGACCUCGGUUAUCAAAAAGAUGGGAAAUUUUCGAUGAAAGAAAUUGCAAACAUUGUGAAGAAACGACGAGAUGUAGGAGAAAUUCCGCCAGUGUAUCCAAAUGGCUGGUUCGCAAUCAUUGAAGGCUGGAGACUAAAGACAGGAGAAACCAAAAGUAUACAUGCUAUAGGCCAAGAGCUAGCGGUUUUCCGAGAUGAAAAAGGCGUGGCUCAUGUUUUAGACGCUUAUUGUCCACAUAUGGGGGCGAAUUUAGCAAUCGGUGGCCUGGUCGUAGGCGAUUGUAUACAGUGUCCGUUUCAUGGAUGGAAAUUCAGAGGUCAUGACGGGAAAUGCACAGGAAUUCCAUAUGCCGAAAAAGUUCCCGAUGUAGCUAGAGCGAAAUCUUGGAACACUGUUGAAAUAAAUGGCUGGAUAAACGUGUGGUACCAUGCCGAGGGAUCGGAGCCGUACUGGACAUUGCCGGAAAUUGAGGAGAUCACGAACGGAACGUUUCGGUACAAGGGACGUACGGAACAUCACGUUAAUGCGCAUAUAGAAGAAAUCCCAGAAAACGCAGCCGAUGCGGCUCAUCUGAGGCAAGUCCAUCGUCCAUUUAUUGCCGGGGGUUAUGACCUUAAUAAAAUGUGGAACAGAUACAUCAGCUGGGCGCAUCAUAACUGGGAAGCAACAUGGAGCCAGAGACCAAGUCCCGAUGAUCAUAUUGGCUGCAUGGAAGUCACGCACGACUUGAAAUUUUUUGACUGUAGCCUGUUUCGUUUGUUUAAGUUAAAAGUGAGAGCAAUGCAGAUUGGUCCAGCAAUUGUACAUAUAACGAUGGAAGGUAUAUUUUUCAAGUGUAUUUUGCUUCACGUUGUUACGCCGAUGGAACCUGUGGUUCAGAAGGUUGUGCAAAACAUUUAUGUGCACUGGGCCUUGCCAAAUAUCAUCGCAAAAAUCUUUUUAGCCGGCGAUGCCAUUCAGGUGGAGAGAGACGUAUCUAUUUGGAACAACAAGAAAUUUCAGUCCAAACCAGUGCUAACAAAGACCAAAGAAGACAGUUUGAUAGCACGCCAUAGACGCUGGUAUUCUCAGUUUUACUCAGAGCACAGUCCGCGGUUAAAGUUCCAAAAGGAUACGCUGGACUGGUGAUAUUAAAUUUCCAAAUGGAAAAAUGGAUUGUUGAUGUUUUUCAAUGUUUUGACAGGGUAUUACAUGUGAUAAAUGUAAAACCGAUGAACAUUCCAUUUCUAUGUUAAAGUUUGUGAUAAAAAGAAACUAAAAGUUUCAGACAUUGACAGAAAGAUAAGCUGAUCUGGUCACGGAUAAAUUUGUUGUCAGUAAAAGACAAGAAAAAAAGUAAUUUUAUAUGCCAUACGUUUCUUCGUGUACAUAUACGGGCAUGAUCAAUCGCCAAUGAGUAUUAAUGUUGCAUUAAUUGUAUACCUUUGAUCUUAUCGUUAAUUGUACUUUAUGUGGUUCUGGGACGUUCUAUGUAUGAAAAGAAUUGGAACCACUGCCUUAUCCUUGCUUGAUCGUAAGAGGCGACUAAUAGGGUCUUAACACUUGGUUUUGCUGUAACUCUGUGAAUCCAGCAGGUAUGCAAAUUUUGAUUCCAUACCUCAUGUUUUUAUUUCGAUGUAAAUGAGAUGUGAAACCAAAAUUUGUAGUCCUGUUUGGCGCCAUAUAACCUAUACUGUGUUGGUGCGCCGUAAAAUCCAAAUAUAAAAUAGAUUGUACUUUAUUUCAUAUUUAAAUUUGAAAUGAUACAAAGUCUUUAAGAACACCUCAUCAAUAUUAUCUCAUUUAUUUCA